AUGGACCAAUUUCUUGUAAAAAUAUCGAAGUCGAAAAAAAAUACUAAAACAAAUGCUGAGGAAAAUGUUAGCUUAUCUGAAGAAAACCUCCAUUCCAUAGGAAAAAGAUCAAAAAUGGAUAUUGUACCAAAUACCAAGGACAUAAAUCAAAUUCAGAAUGAUGUAUCUAGUGAUGUAGUUACAUCAAAAUCAGAUCAAACUACAAAUACACUAUUGGAAAGUGACAAUCUUAUUCGAGAUCUUGGUGAAAAGAGUACAAAUGCUUUAAUUUUAUUUUCAAGUGGGUUUGGACCAUAUCAACCAAAUAACAUUAUAUUUCCACAGCAUUCAGGAAGAAAAUUUCAUCCAGAGUGGUAUUCUUUUUUUCCUUGGGUAGAAUAUAGUCCUAACAGUAACUCAGCAUUCUGUUUUUACUGCCGUGCUUUUCCAUCUAACACAUCAGAUCCAACUUUUGUUAGUGUUGGAUUCAAGCAAUGGUCAAAAGCUAGUUAUAAGUCUUUUCCUCAGCAUGAAAAGUCAUUUGGACACAAAGAAGCUAGUGCCAAAUUAGCUGGUUAUAAAAGUGCUAAGAAAUCUGGGAGUAUAAUUAGUAAAGUUAAUACACACCAUCAGCAAAUAGUAGCUGAUAAUCGAGCCUAUUUAAAAUGUAUUUUAGACAGUUUACUUUUUUGUGCUCGUCAAGGCAUCGCUGUCAGAGGCCAUAGAGAAGACGAAGACUCUUCAAACAAAGGAAAUUGUCUAGAACUAUUAACACUUCGUGCUAACGAUAAUGAUAUUAUCCAACGAUAUUUUAUUGAAAAAGAAAAGACGUUUCGUUAUAUCAGUGGCGAUUGCACAAAUACAUUUCUUGAGUAUUUAGCUAAUAUUGUUAUUAAAAAUAUAAUUGAUAAUGUAAUAGCUGCAGGCAUUUUCAGUAUAAUAGUUGACGAAACUCAAGAUUUGUCUCGACAUGAACAAGUUGCAAUUAUUAUAAGAUAUGCAACAAAAGAUUUGUCUCCAGCAGAAGUUUUUCUCGGUUUUUAUAAAACAGAAACUACAGAUGGAGAAACGCUUUCAAUGUUAAUAAAAUCAACUCUUGUAUCUCAUGGUUUAAAAAUAGAAAACAUAAGAGGACAGUGUUACGACGGUGCAGCGUCAAUGAGAGGGUCGUAUAAAGGAGUACAAGCAAGAAUUAGAGAAGAAAAUCAUUUAGCAAUGUACAUUCACUGCAACGCACAUAUUUUAAAUUUAUGCCUUAUUGAUUUGGCUAAACAAGUAUCUGUGAGACCACUUCUUCAGUUUUUGUCGUCUUACUCGGAUAACAUCGUACGAACUUAG